AUGCGCCAAACGCUCCGUCGGUCCUGUGCUGCGUGCUCAAAGUCUAAAAUUAGCUGCGACCUUCGCACACCCCGCUGCUCGCGUUGCAACAAGCGUCAAAUUCAAUGUGUCUACGCCAAUGAACCCUGGGCGGCGCCGGCGGGCCCCGGGAGAAGAGAGAGAGCCCUAACAAAACCUAUGGAUUUAUCCGUUUCAUUGAACGACUGCACUUUUGGAUCGCUCGAUCCAUUCGAUUCUUAUCCACAAACAAGAUUUCCGCGGGAACAAGUCCAACGUCUUAUAUACGGCUUCCUUCAUAAAAUUGCCUUUCAAUACUACCCUCUCGACAUGAGCACAACCUCGAAUCCGUUCCUUGUCUCCUGGUGGCCGCUUGCUCUCGGCGAUCCGGCUUUAUUUCAUGUUUCCUUACAAACAGCAUGCCUUGAUGAAGAGUUGUUAGCACAAAAAGGCUUUCAAUCCUCAGAACUUCUCAUGGCUGACUCUGUCGCUUUAUUGCGUCGCAAAGUUGAGAAUAUGUCACUGGCUGUACAGGACGGCACUAUGAACUCUGUCAUCACAUUGGCAGCCAUCGAGGUAGGAUCCACCCUUCUUUCAUCUAGGCCAGCCACUGACAAUUCAACCUUUAAGUUUGGCAAAGGAAACAUUAAUGUCAGCCAGAUGCAUGUGGAUGGAGUGAAGAAAUUGGUCAAUAUGAGAGGUGGCAUCAAUUCAGUGAGGCAGACAAGUCCACUCACUGCGCGAAUGGUCAGCUGGGUGUCGAUGCUCAUCAUGGGUCAUCCUCAAUUCGAUACUCAAGACGACGUCGGCCUCGGAGAUGGUAUACCAUGCAUCCCGGAAUGGCAACUCGACACAACCGCCCUUGACGGUUUAAUCGGUUUUGAUAAUAUUGACGUCGACUAUGACGUCUGGAAUGUUUUCAUACGUCUACGCAGCGUGUUAGAACGAUCACAUCUUAUGUCUUUCUCAUCAACACAACUCCACGACCUCACCUGCUUUGUCAUACACCGACUUUUACGCCCCACCCCGAACACGGAAAACACCCAACCGUCACCAAUCACGGAAUCUCUUCGCUACUCAAUUAUAAUAUAUAUGCUCAUCGUCCAGGGGCCAACAUACUACUCACAUGCAGUCAUUAUGAAUACUAUGGUCACCCGGUUUGUGGAAUUUUUCAGACAACUUGAGUUAGCACCUCGUGUGUAUGAUUCACUUGAUGUUUGGUUUAUUUCAAUCGGGUUGUUGACUACCAUGGGCACAUCCAACUACGCAUGGUUUGUUGAGAAAGCACAGACCGUCUCAGCAUAUUUACAGUUGGAUGAUUUCAAUGAUGCCCUCGUCCAAAUUAAGAGUGUCAUGUGGCUGGAAACACCACGGGCUGAUGAAAACUUUCGGUCCCACUGGGACAAUAUUUUUCAUGUUGAGAACACACCACAGUCUCUGCAACUCACAUUUAGUGUCUCCCCCAGCAACAGCAGCGCGGGGAUCUUAUAA